AUUCAAGCUUAUUUUAUUAUAUAUAAAUAUUAUUAUUAUAUAUAUAUACAUACAUACAUUUGAAGCAUACCAUUUUUUUAAUUCAUAAAAAAAAAUUAAAUAAGAAACUACCUUUUUCCAUCGUCUGUCAUGUCAGUCCCAUCCCUCGCACAGAACCCAGAAACCAAUGCGCCAUCAGAUUCUAGUCAGUCUGUUGGUGCUACACCAAAUGCAAUGAACAGUAAACCAGUUCCGGUCAAACUAGUUUUGUUGGGCGAGUCUGCUGUUGGAAAAUCCAGUCUAGUGAUACGCUUUGUGGAUCGUGAAUUUGUACAGAAUCGAGAACCAACUAUUGGAGCUGCAUUCUUGACUCAAAAGUGUCCCUUGGAAGACCACACAAUCAAGUUUGAAAUCUGGGAUACAGCAGGUCAAGAAAGAUUCCAUUCGUUGGCACCCAUGUACUACAGAAAUGCCCAGGCUGCAAUUGUUGUCUACGACGUGACCAAAGCAGCUUCUUUAGAAAAAGCCAAGAGUUGGGUAAAGGAAUUGCAACGCCAAGCCCAUUCUCAGAUCGUGAUUGCGCUAGUGGGUAAUAAGGUGGAUCUGGUCGAAGCAACUCCUGCCAGACCUACCCAAAGUGAUGAGGAAGCAGAGGAAGCAGAGGAAGAAGAGACUGUGACUCGACAGGUUUCUACAGAAGAAGCAUCGGCCUAUGCUGCAGAAACUGGCCUCUUGUUCUUUGAAACCAGUGCUCGCUUGGGUAUCAAUGUCGAUAGAGUGUUUACAGAAAUCGCCAAGAGUAUUCCACUUGAAAUCAUCAUGUAUAAUCGCCCUGGUGGAAGAUCUGGACCUGGAAACACCAACCAGCGUAUUAACCUUCAGUUUGAGUCCGGAAACCCGACCAACAAAACUUCUUCUGGCUGUGCAUGCUAAAUACACACCACACAUCUCACAUUACACAUUACACAGACCACGCAACCACACAACCAUACAACUUACACGGUACCAAAGCACGCACAUGUAUAUAGGUGUAUGUGUAUUAUUCGAUAAGGCUUUUUCUCCAUCUAUUGACACAAAAUAACGCUACUCAUUUGAACAUCUUUCCUUCUAUCCUACCUCUCAAAUCACACUCAUUUUUCCUUCUGCUUUUUCUCUUUUCUUUUUCUUCUUUACAAUAUUUAUAAUAACUCUUUUUCUCUCUUUUUCUCUCAUUACACUAAUAGUGAACCUUUCUAUUCCUCCAUGAACUUAUAUAACACUUGAACCCAAUCCAACCCAAAUCAAAUCAAAUCAAACCAAUUUAAUAUAUAAAGAUAUACACUUGUCCACUUAC